GAUGUACUGUGUAAAGACAGUGUGCGAUGAUGUCAAAAACAGUCCAAGACAGCUUGAACCGUGCACGUGGACCCAACUUUAAACUGGUUGCGCGGUAAAACAGAUGAAAAAAGUGACAGUGACAGCAGCAGCAGAAAGCGCGCCGAGAGAUAGAGAGAGAGAGAGAGAGACCGCGUUGCGAACCCCCUCUUCACCUGGGUUUGCACAAAGCAAACCGACGACGACCUCCCCAGCUUCCACACACAUUUACACAUAUCCGAACAAGGAGAUUGUGCAGUGUCGGCCCGUCACAAUGCCUCCAGCGAUUCGGACACCGGUGCCUUCGACGAGCCUGCUACGAUUUCUGCGGUCGCAAACGGAGGCCUCGUCCAUUUUUAGCCGGACUCAGUGUGCUGAAGCGGGUGCUGCCAUCCGAUCCAGCUCAGACCGGCCGGUCCAGAAUCCUCAGUGUCCUGCGAGAAGGCUGUCCAGGACGGGGACGAGGUCGAUUUCGACGAGCUGCAGGAGACCCGCGCUCGUCCCGGCUUCGCCUUUUAGCUCCGACCCCAUCACAACCCGGAUAGGUCGCAAGCGAAGGGCCAUCGAACCACACUCCUCGCCCGUUGCAUUCUUCAGCACUACCUGUGCGAGACGAGAUGCCUGUGAUGACGACUCAUCGUCGCCGCGCCGGACGUGGAAGGAGAGACUCUGGGGCAUACGGGGACGGGGCGGCGCCAAGCCGCUGAAGCCGAAUGACCUGCCCUUUCACGACGAGGGCGAAGCCGGCUCCAUGUUCAACAGCCGCCGCAUACUGACGGCGAAGGCUGCGCUAGAACCGAGAUUGCGAUGCACCGAGGUCGACGAGAACGGCGAGGUGAUUCUGGUGGAUGGCGAGUUCAAGAAGACGGAGCUCAUCGCAAAGUACGGCCUGCUGCCACGCGACUUGCGAAAGAUUGACUCCUCCAAUCUGCCUCACAUCUUCGUCCGCCAGUCCGCCAUCCUCCUCAACCUGCUUCACUUAAAGGUCCUGAUCAAGAAGGAUCGCGUGUUGCUCUUUGACGUGUACGGCUCCAAGACAUCGUACCCUCAGUCGGCAUUUAUGUACGAUCUGCAGGGCAAGCUCAAACAGAAGAAUGUUCAAGGCGGCGUCAACGGCCUGCCGUACGAGUUCCGCGCUCUCGAGGCGGUCCUGACCUCCGUCACCUCGGAGCUCGAGGCCGACUUCGAGUCCGUGCGGGACCCCGUCAUCCGCGUUCUCAGCGAGCUCGAGGACGACAUUGACCGGCACAAGCUGCGCGUCCUUCUCAUCCUGUCCAAAAGGGUGAGCACCUUCGAGCAGAAGGCCAAGCUUGUGCGCGAUGCCAUCGAGGAGCUGCUCGAGGCUGACGACGAUCUCACUGCCAUGUAUCUUACCGAGAAGGCGCACGACCUCUACCGCGGCGUCGACGACCAUACCGAGGUUGAGCUGCUGCUCGAGUCGUAUAACAAGCUAUGCGACGAAAUCGUUCAGGAGGCCCAAAACUUGGUGUCUGGCAUCCGCAACACCGAGGAAAUUAUACGCGCCAUCCUCGACGCGAACCGCAACGCUCUCAUGCUCCUAGACCUCAGAUUCAGCGUCGGCACCCUCGGCCUGGCCAUGGGCACAUUCCUUGCGGGCCUUUACGGCAUGAACCUCGAAAACUUCAUCGAGGACAGCCACUGGGGCUUCGCCGGUGUCACAAUUACCUCGACUAUCUGCUCUCUCAUCGUCUGCUGGUACGGCUUGGUCAAGCUGCGCAAGGUCCAGCGCGUCAAAAUGAUGUUUGACGAGCGUGGGCCCCUGACCCGAACCAGCCGACAGUUGUCGUCGGCAGCGACGCAGCCUGGCGCCGUGGCAGGCCCGCACUGGCUCCAGGACGACAGCCCCGUGGGCCUACUCGACGCCCGGAACCGCGAAAAGUUCCGCCGCGUUACGAGCCAGAAGGCCGCCGCGGCCGCCAACGCCAAGAUCACCACUAAGAAGUGGUUUCACUGAAACGUGUAGAAUCGAAAGGAGAUGCACAUGGGGACGAAGCCAAAGCAUGAUAAACCCUCCCCCCUCGUUUGCUUGCGCGUAAGCCGUAAGCGUCGUGGUGCGUCCUCCUCGACAGGGCCUCGACCGAUGGAGAUCCUGGGAUGAUGAGCGAUCUGCGCGAGCGUGGAACCUUGCCCUUUGAGCAGACGUACGCGGCGUUCCGGAAGGAGGCGGAAGAGUGGAGAUGGAGAGCGCGGAUCAAAGAGGAGACGUCGUUGAAGAAAUUGUGCGGCAUGCGCAAACCCUUUGCCCUCAUCUUGGCGACCUCGCAUCUAUCUUUCCUCGUUCCCCUGUACCACACACAUGUCUGUAUAUUGUACCGUAUAUUACAUAGGGAGAUCAUACUCCCUACCUAUAUUCUCAGCUCAUUGCGCGGAGAGUACUUCACAAAGCUUGUUUGCUUGCCUGCGGCAACUACACGAUGUAGCAGUACCUACCUAUACCCCACAGAAUAGAAAGAUAGACAAGGCAGCCGCUUCGUAGAAUACAAUUCUUUGGCACGG